AUGUGCAUGCAGUCAGGGCGCCAGAUCAACGACCAGCCGGCGGUGGAGUGGGCCCUGUGGUUUCAUGACCUUGUGUACGACGCAAAGGCCCCCGACAAUGAGGAGCAGUCGGCGCAGGUGGCCGCGCGCGUCCUGUCCGACGCCGGCCUGCCGGCCGCCUCGGUCGCGCGCGUGGCGGCCUACAUCCUCGCGACCAAGACACACCUGCACAGCGCUGACCGGGACGAGCACGUGGUGGUGGACGCGGACAUGUGCGUGCUGGGUGCGCCGCUGCAGCGGUACGCGCAGUACGCGGCGGGCGUGCGGCGCGAGUACGGCCACCUGUCAGACGAGGAGUACACGCAGGGCAGGGCCAAGUUCCUGCGCUCAUUGCUGGAGCGGGAGCAGCUGUUCGCGACCGACGUGGGCAAGUCGCUGGAGCAGCAGGCACGCGCCAACAUCGCGCACGAGCUGCAGCUGGUGUCAGUCGGCCUGUUGUUGGAUGGAAACAUAGAGGACGACCUGCCCGCCGUCGAGGAGGAGCCAGAGGAGGAGGCGUGA